UAUAUUUCCCGGAAAUCGAGAGCCUCGAGUGAGAUCACGUCUCUCGUCGUUCUCUCUCUUUUAUCUUGAAUUUUGGCCUCGGCUCUGCGCGGCGAUCGUCUCUCUCGGCUGUCGAAAUCGACGCGACUCGAGGCGAGUAAUUUGUCAGUAAAUCCGGUAUCUGAUCGCAUCGCGGAAAACAAAAAAUCUCUGCCGAAGGUUUUUCAGCGUUUUCAGCGUUUUGUAGUGGCAACACUCGCGGCGCGGUCGGCGCCGGAAUUUCCAGUAUUCUUCUUGCAACAGUGCGAGCGGGUGGACGUGUGUUCGCGUCGCUCCUGAUUUUCACGGUCUUACUUUCUCUGUCAAACAAACGGCAUCACAACGUGACACACAACACGGUCACGUAGGCAGUGUGUUGUCUGUGUUUUAAAUCCAAAAUUUAAAAUAAAAUGUCAGCAAAGGCUAUUCGGGAGGAAACCGGAAAAAAUCUUAUCAAUCGCAAUCUACCGGCCGGCACAAAAGCGGCGAAAUGCAGAUUCGUGCCCGUUACGGAAGACACGAAUUGGACCGAUAUCGCGACUGAACAUCCGUGGCUCAAAACAGAAAAAUUGGUCGUCAAACCGGAUCAGCUGAUCAAACGUCGCGGAAAACUCGGAUUGAUUAAGGUGAACGCGGAUUUGUCCACGGUGCAAAAAUGGGUCGAGCAACGCAUGAACAAGGAUCAACGCGUCGGCAAAGCAACUGGAAAAUUAAAAACGUUCAUCAUCGAACCAUUCGUACCGCACAAACCGGAAGAAGAAGCUUACGUGUGCAUCUAUUCCCAUCGGAACGCCGACACGAUAUUGUUCCAUCAUCAGGGGGGAGUCGAUAUCGGAGACGUCGAUGCUAAGGCUUUAAAAUUAGAUGUACCCGUCGGCGGCCAGUUGCCGGAUCAGUCCACGCUAAUCAAGACUCUCCUGACGAAUGUCGUGGACGACAAAAAAGUAAUGAUCGCUCAAUUCAUAGAAUCUCUUUACAAGAUGUACGUUAAUCUGUACUUCACAUAUUUGGAAAUCAAUCCACUGGUGGUCACGGACACGUCGAUUUACGUGCUCGACCUCGCGGCCAAGCUGGACACAACCGCCGACUUCAUAUGCAAACCGAUUUGGGGAGAAAUCGAGUACCCGCCGCCGUUCGGAAGAGACGCCUAUCCGGAAGAGGCCUACAUCGCCGAUUUGGACGCCAAGUCUGGCGCCAGUUUGAAACUGACGAUUCUGAAUCCGGAAGGCCGCAUAUGGACAAUGGUGGCCGGUGGUGGAGCGUCGGUAAUAUAUUCCGAUACGAUUUGUGAUUUGGGCGCGGCCGACGAACUGGCCAAUUACGGCGAAUACUCCGGCGCUCCCAGCGAACAGCAAACCUAUGAAUAUGCAAAAACUAUACUGAGCCUAAUGACGAAGAAGAAGCGCGCCGAGGGAAAAGUACUUAUUAUAGGAGGAGGAAUUGCCAAUUUUACGAAUGUAGCCGCAACGUUCAAGGGCAUCGUUAAAGCCCUCCAGGAGUACCAGCCCAAGCUGGUGGAGCACGAUAUACGAAUUUUUGUGCGAAGAGCUGGGCCUAAUUACCAAGAGGGUUUGAGAAUAAUACGAGAAGUUGGUAGACGUCUAGCGAUUCCCAUAUACGUAUUCGGUCCGGAAACACACAUGACGGCCAUAUGCGCUAUGGCGUUAGGAAAGAAGCCGAUUCCCGAUCCAGAGGCUCAAGAAUUCUCGACCGCAAACUUCCUCUUACCUUCCGGACAGGACGUCGGACCGGUAUCCACACCGUCCGAGAAUAAUGUAGGUUCGCCGCUGGCGCAGCCUAAAGCGAAAAGUCUAAAUGAUGUGGCGGAUUCGGGAAAGAAGCAACUAUUUAGCAAUAAAACGCGAGCCAUCAUUUGGGGCAUGCAGACGAGGGCGGUGCAGAGUAUGUUGGAUUUUGAUUUUGUCUGUCGAAGAUCCGAGCCGUCUGUCGCCGCAAUUGUUUAUCCUUUUACUGGUGAUCACAAGCAGAAGUUUUAUUGGGGUCAUAAGGAGGUUCUCAUUCCCGUUUACAAACAAAUGAAAGAUGCUAUGACCAAGCAUACGGACGCGGACGUGAUGGUCACGUUUGCCUCUUUGAGAUCAGCUUACGAAAGCACCAUGGAAACGUUGCAGUUCCCGCAAAUCAGAACAAUUGCGAUAAUCGCGGAAGGCAUACCCGAAAAUAUGACCAGAAAGUUGAUUCUAGCGGCGCACGAGAAAAAUGUGACCAUAAUCGGACCUGCGACUGUGGGCGGCGUAAAACCAGGCUGCUUUAAAAUUGGAAAUACCGGUGGAAUGAUGGAUAACAUUCUGCACAGUAAAUUGUACAGACCUGGCAGCAUCGCUUACGUAUCUCGUUCCGGUGGCAUGUCGAACGAAUUGAACAACAUAAUAUCCAAAGCUUCCAAUGGCGUACUGGAGGGUGUCGCGAUCGGCGGCGAUAGAUAUCCGGGAACCACCUUCAUGGAUCACAUAAUACGUUAUCAAAACAAUCCGGACGCAAAACUGAUUGUGUUGCUGGGUGAGGUCGGCGGUGUCGAGGAGUACGAAGUGUGCGAAGCACUGAAAACAGGCCGAAUCACGAAGCCAUUAGUGGCCUGGUGCAUCGGUACCUGCGCCAGUAUGUUCACCUCCGAGGUGCAAUUUGGUCACGCCGGCUCGAUCGCGCAUUCCAAUCUCGAAACAGCCUCCGCGAAGAACGCGGCAUUGAAAGCCGCCGGCGCAUAUGUCCCGGACAGCUUCGACACUCUCGGUGACCUCAUCCAGUCCGUUUAUGAGCAGCUGGUGAAAGAUGGUACGAUCAUUCCGGCGGCCGAAGUUCCACCGCCAACAGUACCGAUGGACUACAAUUGGGCCAGGGAACUUGGUUUGAUACGUAAACCUGCAUCAUUCAUGACAUCGAUUUGCGAUGAACGCGGGCAAGAACUGCUAUACGCUGGUAUGCCAGUUACCGAAGUUCUCAAGCAAAACGUGGGCAUUGGCGGUGUCGUUUCGCUUCUGUGGUUCCAACGUUGCCUGCCCUCAACGUACUGCAAGUUUCUGGAAAUGUCGCUGAUGCUCACGGCCGACCACGGUCCGGCUGUUUCCGGUGCUCACAAUACCAUAGUUUGCGCGCGGGCUGGAAAAGAUUUAGUCAGCUCUCUCGUUUCGGGACUUCUGACAAUUGGUGAUCGUUUCGGUGGUGCCUUGGACGGCGCGGCUCGUAUGUUUUCCGAGGCCUACGACGCUGGUUUGCAUCCGCAAGAAUUUGUAAACAACACGCGCAAGAAGGGCCAGCUGAUCAUGGGUAUUGGUCAUCGCAUCAAGUCGAUCAACAAUCCGGACAUGCGCGUAAAGCUCAUCAAAGAAUUCGUGUUGGAGAACUUCCCGGCGAAGCCUUUAGUCGAAUACGCUUUGGAAGUUGAAAAAAUAACGACCAGCAAGAAGCCUAAUUUAAUUCUUAAUGUAGAUGGCAUAAUUGCCUGCGCCUUCGUCGAUAUGUUGCGAAACAGCGGCAGUUUCACGAGGGAAGAAGCGGAGGAGUACAUCGAAAUAGGUGCCAUAAAUAGUCUGUUUGUCCUCGGUCGAAGUAUAGGAUUUAUCGGUCAUUACAUGGACCAAAGAAGGUUAAAGCAAGGUCUUUAUCGUCACCCGUGGGACGACAUUUCUUACGUAUUACCCGAGCAAUAUAAUUAGGUUAUUAAGUAACGUGUUGUAUAAUUUGAAAACAAGAAAAAAAAAACAAUUCAGUUUUAAUCGCUUAUAAAAUUUAAGAGCAAAAGAUAAAUAAGUUAAUGCACAGAGAAAUACGUCGUCGACUUGUCAUCGAUAAUCGAUGAUGGAAAAAAAAAAACACUUUAUUCGACACUUGUCAAUCAAUUGUCGUACGCUUAUUUACGAGUCGCGUACGAGAGCGCACAUUGUUUAUUUUUGUAAAAGACACGUAGCUUAUAUAUAUAUAUAUAUAAUGUAUAUA